AAAAAAAGAAAAAAAAAACUGAAUUCAUUCAUAAUAUAGAGUAAUGAUUAGUACAGACGACGAAUCUAGAUUGGUCCAAGAUUGCCCCUCUUGAAUAUAAAACCCAUUGCAUAUACUCAUUUGAGUAAGUGAGAACUUCCAUUAAUUAAUAUCUCUAUCUUCCAAUUCUUCCCCUCCAAAUGGCAGACUCCACCCCUCUCCUCUCCCAACCCGACUCAUCAUCAUCUCCGGACACACAAAAACCACAACCACCACCACCGCCACGAAACCAACAGCAUCCCUCUCUGGGGUCCACAGUCGAACUCUGCAUAGGCGAGUUCAACUGGUCCCAGUUCCUCCAGUCGAUCCUCGUCUCCCUCGCGUGGAUCUUUGACGCCCAGCAGACCUUCAUCAGCGUCUUCACCGACGCCCCGCCGGCGUGGCGCUGCACCGAGCAGGCCGGCAAUGCAUGCAAGACUGCCAACACCAACACAGUCUGCAACCUCCCAGAAGGCUCGUGGGCCUGGGACGGGCCCACACAGGCCUCCAUGGUGUCGGACUGGGGCCUGGAGUGCGCCAACUCCUCCAUCACGGGCCUUCCCGCUUCGAUGUUCUUCGCUGGCUGUUUGCUUGGCGGCUUCCUGCUGGCCUCGCUGGCUGAUUCGUCGCUCGGCCGCAAGAACAUGCUGUUCUUCUCCUGCCUCGUCAUGGCCAUCACUUCCUUUCUCGUCACUUUUUCGCCCAACGUCUCCAUCUAUUCUGCCCUCAAGUUUCUCUGUGGCUUUGCUCGUGCUACCAUUGGGACCUCCGCGCUUGUGCUGGCCUCGGAGCUCGUUGGGAGACGGUGGCGCGCCCAGAUUAGCGUCAUUGGCUUCUUUUGUUUUACUAUAGGGUUCUUGUCCCUGCCAGCCAUGGCUUACAUAAACAGAAGUUCUUCAUGGAGGAACCUUUAUCUCUGGACAUCCAUCUCAACCAUGCUCUACUGCAUCCUUGUGAAGUUGUUCGUUACGGAGUCCCCAAGAUGGCUUCUAGUGCGAGGAAAAACAGAAGAAGCCGUGGAAACACUAAAGUGCAUCACAUCAAUCACCCAAAGCAACCUCAAUUUGGCCAUUAAUAACAUGUCCCACGAGGAAGAAACAUGGAACGUGGACAUCUUCUCAGCCCUCAAAAUCUUGCUACAAAAUAAAUGGUCUUCGAGAAGGUUAUCAUCAAUUAUGGCAAUGGGAAUAGGCAUUGGAUUGGUGUAUUAUGGCAUGCCACUAGGGCUCCAAAACCUCUCCUUCAACCUCUACUUGAGUGUCAUAUUCAACGCCUUAUCCGAGUUACCAUCAGCAUUGAUUGUGUUAUUCUUCAUAGACAAGUUCAACAGGAGAAUCACACUCCUCCUCUUCACUAUUUUAAGUGGUCUUUUCAGCGUGAUGUCAACCGUGCAAGUGAGUAAAUCAUCAUCAUCAUGGAACAACAACGUGCAAAUAGUGUUUGAGUUAGUUUCGUUCUUUAGCGCUUGUACUUCGUUCAACGUGUACCUAAUUUAUACCACAGAGUUGUUCCCGACGUGUGUGAGGAACUCGGCGCUGUCGAUGGCGAGGCUCGCGGUGGUGCUCGGUGGCAUGUUCAGCCCGCUGCUGGUGAGUGCCGGAAGAGGGAACAAGUUUUUGUGUUAUGGGGUUUUUGGGUUGGUGAUAGGGUUUAGUGGGGUCUUUGGAAUAUUCUUGCCCGAGACAAAAGGGAGGGCAUUCUGUGAUUCAAUGGAUGAAGAAGAAAACAAAGAGAAAAACAUGGCUUGUGGCAUGUUGUUGGCUUGAAUUCUGCGGGUUUCGAAAAUGGAAAAAGAAAACAUCGGGUGAGUGUGGUUGGUGGAUUUACCCCAAUUGGCAAGUGUGAAGAGAGACUUGUUAUGUAAGGGUCAAAUGUGGGAAUACUGAUGUUACAUGUGUGUAUAAAGUGUGGUUCUUUUUGUUGAUUAGAGAUAAUCCAAAAUCAAGAAAGUUCAUAAAAAAAAUAAUAAUUCCAUAAUGACUUCAUGAAACGUGCAUUUUGGCGCUCGUUUGUUA